AUGAAUAUAUCAGAAGAUCAGAAGCGAUGGGUGGUUAUUGGGAUUGCCUUCAACCAGUUGGUGCCUCAUAUCCGGCCAUUUGUAGAACAGUCUUUACAGGCAGAGUACCAGAGCUUGAAGUCCAGCCAUAACAUUCACUGCCAAACUCCACCUGUGAUUCUCAAGAAUCAUCCCAAACAUCUAAAAUAUGAAAACAUCAAUAGUAACAGCAGUCACAAACUCUCCCCUUUCAAGUUUGACUUUUCCAAAUUUGACUUUAAGGUAACAAGUCAUGUUGACUUUGCCAAGCUCUACCUUCAGCCUUUCAUGACCAAGUUCAAUGCAUUUGAUGGUGAGUGUGAUGGGUCUGCUGUUCUUCUACUACUUGGUGAAGUACCUGUGUUUGCACAUGCAAUACAGUCAUCAGCUAAGGUAGUAAGAGAACAUGUAAGAAAUGAGUGGGCUCACUGUAACUUUACAGACUGGGAUGCAGUGAAGUUUCAGUGCUGUUUUAUGGAGAUGCAGCAACUUGUCCAAUCCCUGGGUCUACCCACAGAAGAUGAGAGUAAAAUCCUAUCCGAGCUAAAUGACUGGGAGAACAAAGGUAGUUUAAUUUUAUCUUUAAGUAUUUUCUUAAAGUCACAACUUUGUUAUAAAAACAUAAAAAAGCCUCUUUUACAUUGCUUUUUUUAAAAGAAGAAAAUUAUUGAUUGCAAUUUGGAAUUUGUUUACCCAUGGAGCACGUAGAAAUUUUCCUUGUGCAUUCCAGAUGGAAGUGGAAUUUGGAAGUGUUGGUUUUGUAUGAGAGGGGGAAACUUGAUAGCCCGGAGAGAGUCCUCUCGGAGCAAGCGAGAGAACCAAGAACAAACUCAGCCCACAUACAGCAUUUACAGCUGGAUUCGAACCUGGGCCAGAAAGGCUAUUGUGAAAAAUGCCAUAAUAUUCUCAAAAUUGUCGUUUCAAUUUGAGAUUAUGAUGUAUUUUUUGCAGUGGUCUAUAGUUGGGAAGCGAGUGCUCUCACCACAUGUUAAUACAUCAUUUUAAAUGCAUUCUUGAUACACUUUAAUGACGCUACUUAAUGUACCUACCUCUCACCACUGCGCCACCCCUGCUCUUACUCUUUGAAGAGACAAGGAGCCUGGAAACGAGCCCGAUCCCUGCAACCGUUACCCUAGUAGCCCUCUUAGUUAUCUGUUAGAAGUUGUCUAAUUUAGCGUCGCCUAAAAAGGAUUUUUUGUGACAAUUUUUUCGUGUCCUCAUUAAGCUCGACUACCAGCCUUCUUGUGAGAAGGAUGCAAACCUUACCCCUCAAAUGGCCGGAAAUUGAGCCUUGCGGUUGCCACUGUUGGUAAAAGACACUAGUCGUUAGUAAUUAAGCCAAAAAUUAAAGGUUAUAUGAUUUCGAACUGUUUUCAUCGGACGUUGAAACAUUUUUCACGUAUUUGCAUCAAAAAAGUUAAGCCAGAAAUUCAGCGUCUGAAAUUGAUGUGAAAAAUGGAGGUAUGCAGUGUUUUGUCAUGACUGUGUUAAACAAGUAGGGCCCGUUAAGGCGUUUCAGAAAGAGGAAUAGCUUGAUGAAAUAACUUUGGAAACGAGAAGUCAUCUGAGAAUUGCUUACACAAAUAAUUUAAACAUUGGGCAGAUUUAAGAAUAUAAAACUAAAUACCAGUUAAAAUGUUCUGUUUACAGGCGUAACGUUCUGUGGGAACUCUCCAGUAGAUCCUUCCCUAUUAAGCUUGGUUCAAAAUGAAGUGUUGCAACUUUCCUGCAAUUUGGAUCAUUUUGUUUGCCAGUACAAAGAACAGAGCGACCUGUUAAAAUCACAGCUCUGCGAGGUGCAGCAAAACCUCGAACAGCUGCUACAACUUCCCCAAAAAGUUGAACAAGUACAACACAAGGUGGACACCUUGGAAGAAAAGGUAGAAGAUCUUAGUUGCAGACUAGCGAGUCGUCAAGAAAGUGCCAACCUUCCAUCGUUCUUUGGCGCGCUGGACAGAAAUCAGUAUUUUAUAGGCCGGAAAAAAGAGUUGGAAUCAUUGGAAAAAGUUUUUGAAGAAGUUAACAAUACAGGAGCUGGUCUUGGAAGCGGGAAGAGAAAGGCUAAAGUUCAUGGUAUUUGCGGACUCGGAGGCUGCGGGAAGUCAUCUCUUGCCUUCGAAUAUGCUUGGCGCAACCUGGAACGUUACUCUGGAGGCGUUUACGUUAUAAAUGGAGAAAGUGAUGAACUGUUGCGUGCAUCUCUUCAAGGAAUCCAUGGACAAUUCGUAUACAAUUCUCAGCCCAACAAGCACGGAGAAGCAAAGCAGUUUGAUCAGUUAAUGACAGAAACUCUUUCGUGGCUUGGUAGUCUGAGAGAAAAGUGGCUUUUGCUUCUAGACAACAUGGACCAAAAGAAGCUUAGUUCCUACACACGAAAACUUUUUUUUGGCCAGUGGAAAAACAAAACGUCAGGUGACAUUCUUGUUACGAGUCGCAGAAGUUCUCAAGCUUUGUGUGAGGACCUAGAUCUUUGUCCCAAAAACUGUCUUGAGUUGGAUGCUUUUUCUGUUGGCGAAUCUCUUGAAUUCCUAAAGAAACGCGUAGGAUUAUCAAUCGCUUGUGAAGAUCAAGAGCAAGGAGUAAAAGAACUUGUCCAGGAGCUUGGUGGAUUACCGUUGGCCUUAGAACAAGCUGCUGCUUACAUCAGUGCGUUAAGCUGCUCGGCUCAGUCGUACCUUGAGCAGUAUCGUGAGCAAAAGUCGAUUCUUUUGAACAGGAAAAGCGCCAAACCAUGCUCAGAGGUCUACAGUGAGGCACGCCUAGCAGUACAAACUACAUGGCGUCUGAAUUUCAGUUAUAUAGAAAAUGACGAAAUGGAUGAAGGACUUGGAAAGGCCGCUUCUUUCUUCAUGAAAAUUGCCACAUAUCUGUCCCCAGAUGAGAUACCCAUUGAGAUUUUGAAUGUGGGCGCCCCAGAGAUUGAACAUAAGCAUCUGAAGGAUCGCUUGAAAAUGCCAAUCGGUGCGGAACAAAUUGUUGAUUUGUUGCUUAGGUUUUCACUUUUCAAACGCAAGUCAAAUGAUAGCUUAAGUAUCCAUCGACUUGUUCAAGAGACUUUGAAAGAGCGUUAUGAUGGUGAAGGCGAACCUGAAGAAGUCUUUCCUUCUGCCAUAAGAAUGUUACAUUAUGCAUUUAUCAACUGUGUUGGGGGGACAGACUUCCUUCACGAUUUGAAUACUUCAACGGAUUCUCUGCUCAAAGAUGACACAGGGAGUUACAAGUAUAAGUUUCAUGAGACAUUCAUCAGUUUUAAGAAGGCCAAACUGGAGAGUAGACGAUGGAAAAUGCUUUCCGUGAAUGCAUUUACUGUCCUUCUUCAUCUGUUGAGAAGUCCACUCUUUAGGCCUGGCUGCCUUUACCAUGAGGAAACUGCUAGGCUAGCUUGCGAAGCAGCCUUCUAUUGCUACUCUUUGGGAAUGGAAAGUGAAGGGUACCGCUUACAACAAUUUGUAUUUGACAUACUGUGCGCAGUGAAAACGUCUAUCGGUUUUUACCAAGGUGAAGAACUAAUGAAAGUAACAAGAAUUUUAUACCCCUUUGCAGACCCUAGUAUCCUAACAGGAAAGUUGAUGUAUUCGUCAUUGAUGGAAACGAUUGAAAAUGUCAGUGGAGUGACAGGUGUCCCAUCAAGCACCAUGAAUCAAACCAAAGAAUUGUUAGAAGGGAUAGACAUAAUAGAGCCAAAGGCGAGAGACGCUUUCUUCAGGGGCGAUUAUCAAGCCUCGUUUGAUCUGUACACUGAGAUUGUCAAUCUUUCCGUGGCAGUAAAUCAAUCCAACGUUCGUCCUCUGGGGACAAUUUUUUGUCAACGUGGCAUUGCAAAUUUACGAAUGGAAAACAUUGAGACAGCUGUUGAUGACUUCAAUGCUUCUAUUAAUGCAGACAAUGAGCUUUACCGUGGUUACUAUUGGAAGGCAUACGCACUCUGUAAACUCGUUGAAAAUGGAAGAAUCGAGUUCACCAGCAGAGCGCAAGCUGCAGUGGCAGUACUUCACUACAAGUUUGCAUAUUCCAAACUAGAUGAUAUUCAAAAGCUGCGACACAAAUUUCAGAAACUCCCCGGUUUGCUUGGUGAAAAUAUUAACUACAAGUUUAUCACCCGUGUUAACCAGCUUAAAGAACUGGACAGUGAAUUCUCCGGAAACCGAAAUUCAAGUGAUCCAGUUACUGUUAUUCUGGCUGGUGGGAAAUACUAUUUGAAUAAGAUUGUCAUUUCAAAAGGACACUAUCACUUUGUUUGUCUUCCUGGAAGAUGUGCAGUACUUAGUUGCAAGGAAGGUUUGUUUUUGUCCAAUGGUUCCUUUCUAUUUGAAAAUGUUGCCUUUGAGAACUUUUUACUCUCAGAAGGCGAUCAACUGUUGCAGUCUUCAAAGGUCAGCUGUACCGCAGAGAAAGAAAAUUUACUUUCAGUAACGUUAGGAGAAUCAGAUCAAGCCACUAAGACUGAAGUUACCACCGAUUGUGAACGCGAGCGUUAUGCUGUGGUAGAGGCCAAUGAUGUUAAAUCAUUGGUCUUUCACCAAUGUUCUCUCAAACUUUUAAAUAGUACAGGAGUACUGGUGAAGGCACAUCAACGAAAGCAAGUUAUCGUUUCAGUGAAGUCCUCCAGAAUAUCAAUGUGUCGUGGCUCUGGGAUCGUUGUUCAGGGAGGAAGGGCCGAUUCUCACAUAAGUAUUUGUGAUAGUGACCUAAGCACCAAUUAUGAGUAUGGAAUUGAAAUAAAUUCCCCAGCAUGUUUAUACAUGAGAAAAAACUGUGUUUCUUUAAACGUGCUCGGUGGUAUUAUGGCCACCGGAGGCUGCAAUGGGGAAAUAUUGAGAAAUUCAUUCAGUCGUAAUGAACGGCAUGCCAUUUUACUGCAAGGAUCAAACUUAAAAAUAGAAGAAAACUUGAUUUCCCAAAAUUUUGGCUGGGGAAUUGUGUGUUGUGUUGGGAGCAAUUUAGAAUGCAAACAAACCGUGUUUGAAAACAAUUACUGUGGCGGACUUCGUAUCAUGUUAAAUGGGAAAAAAAAUGUUUUGGUUGAGAAAUGCGAGUUCAGAAAAAACCUUGGUCCUUAUGUAUUUCCCACUGAUACAAAAGAGAUUUGCCCACUGGAGUUGAAAUGUAAACAGUUGUCUAAAAGGCCUCGCGAAUUUCCCAUUCUAUUUUACUUAUGGAAUUUCCUUAAACUAGUGGAUGCUGGUAUGCUUGAAUAUGGCAAUGAAUUCAAGAGCCCCGUGCUUAGUGGCAACAGAAAUUUGGAUGUUCCUGAUGUUCUCCCUUGCACACUGUCAGGAGGGUGCUCUAGAUGCUGGCAAAAUCUGCAGUUGGAUGGUUAUUGGAUCGAAUGUUCAAGUUGUCAUGUUGCGAGGUACUGUAGCGAGCAGUGCUUUCACACUGCUAAAGCUGUUCAUUCUUUUGUCUGUAACUCCAUUCUUGAGGCAAACAAGGAAUGCGAACCGUUGCGGCCACCGAAAAACUCAUCAUUAAAAGGGAUUCGUCAAUAUGGAGGAGACGUUUCUCUCUGUGUUAUUGCUGCUGUGAAUGCGCCGGUGCAAGAGUUACGUGAAACGUUCUUCCGCUUCUGCCUUUUAACUUGUCCGAAGUGGAACCUUUAUACUGUGCUGCAUUCCACAAAAGUCCACGCGUUUGUAAUGACUUACGGAAGUCAUAUCCAAGAAAGCAUGAUGGACAUCAAGGCGGCUAGUAUUUUGGCAAAGUUUGAUUCCGAAACAAAGACAGUCACUGUUUACAGUCAUCGCAUUUUCCCCGUCGACAAAGUACCAAAUGGUUGGAAUUGUGUGAACAAAACUUUGGAUUUGUUUGCGAGAUCUCGUACCAAGUAG